UACUAUCUACACAUAAAAUAAAUUCAUUUUUCUUUGGUUUUGUCUUUGUUUAUUCUCUUUAAUUAUAAAUUGUUCCCUCCAAUUUUGAUUUAUUUUGCAACUACCUUCCUCAUGUAUUAAUUUCAAUACUUUAUCUCUUUCACGAUUUAAAUCAGGCAAUCUCUUAACCUUUCUUCCUUGGGGUUUUGGUCCCAAUUUCUCUAUUUCUCCUUUAAAUUCAAGAACACAGUGGUUCAAAGAUUGGGCAAAAAUAUCUGCCCACGGUUAGAAUACCAAGAAGCUGGAUCUCCGUGAGUUUGUGCUCUUGUGAAAAAUCUGCCACCGUCAUGGGCAAGGAAAUGAGUAUGAAGAAGAAGGUUGGAUGCAACGACGGUUGUACCGUGGAGGUGGACCGAUUUAUGAGAGAGAGGGAGAACCCCCGACAUUUAUGGGAGUUGGUGGACAAAAUUAUUUUGGCCAGAGGGUAGGGAUUUCGCCGGAAGGUGAAGAGAAGCUAGAGUUCAGCGCCGGAGGAUGUUCGCUAGGCAGGGGUUGCUUGUCUGUGUGGCGUAUUUAUCAGACCCGGAUCGACCCGUCGGAUCAACCCGUAAAAUAUGUGAACCGGGUCAGUGCAAAUCCUAUAAAAUCAGAAAUUUGGGCAUUUUGCCCUAAGCGGGAACCCUACACUUGCACUCGUUUCUCUCGCGUCUCCGUCACCUUGCCGGAGUCCCCAAAGCCCGGCAUCGUCUCCUUCUGUCAUUAUCUCAUGGUCUUCCUCUAGUUGCAGCAAACAUAGUGAGAGAUCUCACGAUCUUCCCUCUCCUCCUUCUCAUCUCCAUCUCUUAUUACCAUCCAUCACACCAGAGUCGAGAUCACCAUCUCUUGGCGAUUACUUCUCAGAUUCUAGACCUGUGAGACCACGAUUGUAGUGGCAAUAGCAAGGCAACUACAGGUACUUUCUCUUUUCUCUUCUCUCACAACCGUCGGAAAUUAUUCAAUAAUUCCACUGCUUCAUUUUUUUUUGUUUGAUUUGGGUAUGUUCUUCUGUGAUUGAAAUUGAUUUGAAGAUUUUCUUUAUCAAAUUUUAACUUUUUCUAACCUAAUCGUACAGAAAAAUAACUUAUUAGAUAAAUAUAAAGGGGAAUUUUGCCUUUUAGAAGAAAUUGAGAUCAAGUGAGAUCCAUAGUGAAUCCUAAUUUAUUAUAGCA